UGACUUAGACGGGAUUCUCACGGUUGCAGACGAUCUCUUAAAAAAUGACGGGAAGCACUUUAUCGAUAUGAUGGAGCAACUAGCCGAACGUCGAAUGCAACGAGAGGAAGAUACGCAGUACGGAAUAGCCGCAGCACAUCAGUCCCUCCAUAGCGGUCAUAAUCAUGGCCCUUAUGACGACGAGGAUUAUGAUGACGAAGAGGACGACGACUACGAUAGUCAAGAGGAAGAAGACUAUGAGGAGGACGAGAUGGUCUGUCCUGGAGUCAACUAUUUCCCCGACAACGUGUUACAGUGCAGGCUGACACAUUGUUCUCAGGAUGCUAUGACGGAGGAGCAACGGAUGGAGGAAGGCCGGCGAAUGUUCCAGAUUUUUGCAGCUCGAAUGUUCGAACAGCGCGUAUUAACUGCCUACCGAGAGAAGGUUGCUGAGCAACGUCAGCAAAAGCUGAUAGAAGAGCUCAUGGAGGAGCAGACCCGCAACGAACAGCGAAAUGCCAAGAAAGCCCGAGAAGCGGAGAAGAGGAAAGAGAAGAAACGUCUCCAGAAACAAGCCAAAGACGAGGAAAGGGCACGAAGGGAAGCAGAGAAGGCCGCAGAGGAAGCCGCAGCCAAAGCUGAGCAUGAGAAGAAGUUAGAGGAACAAAGAAAGAAGCGAGAAGAGCAACGGAAGAAGCGAGAAGCCGAGCGGAAGGCCCAGGAGGAGGAGCGUGCGCGAAAAGAAGCAGAUAAACAACGGCGGCUGCGCGAAGAAAGAGAACGACAAGCGGAUGCGGAACGAAAGCAACGGGAGCAGAAGGAGCAAGAGAAGAAACGGCGUGAAGAGGCCCGGAGAAAGGAGCGGGAGGAACGCGAGUCGAGAGAAAAGGUGAAAGAGGAGCGUGAGCGCAAGGCUCGUGAGGAGCAAGCAAGGAAGGCUGGGCAAGAACCUCAAGAGCAUAAGCGUUCAUCGCAACAAGGAUCGGUACCUAUUUCAUCGAAUAUGCACUAUCCAGGUCUUCCCGGUCACCUUCAAUCUCCGCACUAUCAAGCUGCUACACCAGUUGUACCCAAGGCGCCUACUCCUGUCAAGCCUCGUCAGCCAUCCCAGCAAGACUCCCACACAUCUUCUCCGCGGUCUCAACCGGCCAGCACCGAACCAUCGCAAGUGUCUAUCUCUCCACGGUCGAUGGCGCCAACCCAGUCGUCCGGGGCCUCGAGUGUAACCUCCAAACAAGGUCACGCUCAGCAACCCAUGCUUCAUCACCCCCAACCCUCAACACCACUGUCACCACUUGGAUCACUAGGGAGAUCUUUUCCGCCCGGAUUCUCGAAUGGACUACCGCCGAAUCCCCCUGGUUUGGCUGGGAUUGUACCUCGACCGCCAAUUGGUCAUGAACUGCCCACGUACCCACCGCAUUCAACGCCUCUCAUGAGUCAACUGCGAGGAUUUACUGCACCUAAUGGAAUCCCUGUGCCUCCCCCAGGUAUAAACGGAGCCCGUCCGAUACCCCCUGGACGAGGGUUUCCGCUUGAUCCAGGCCACGGUCUCCCAUUCCAUUCUCAACAGCCAAUAUCGGGACCAUUCUCUGCUCAACCAGGUGGCUUAGCACACGGACAUACCCGACAACCCUCAGGCUCAUUUGAAAGGUCUCCCCUGGAUAGUCAUGCCCAACCGUUCUCUAUCUCCAGACCGAGCCACAUCAAGCGUCCAUCUAGUACUCAGCAGGAACAGGGUGAAACUAACUACACUAUGCAGCGGCAUAUGGACAGUUUGAGUGCCCAGCUGGGUAGCAGUGCCCUUCUUGAUGAUACCGAUAUUCCUUUUACGUCGAACUUGUCACAAUCACUCCCUGGUGCAACAGUACCGGGGUCUCUACCAGGACCGACACGAGCCAGCUUUGCAGCACCCUCGUUGUUCCCAGAUCCUCUUAGUGCACCGAAACACACAAAUUUCCCUGUCAAUCCUGGUGUAGGCGGCAGCACGUGGGGAGCACAACUCCCCUUUGGGGCUUCUGCUUUCCCCGGCGCCUCGACAUGGGGAACUGUUCACGGGGGCGGUUGGUCGAACAACGCGUUCGGGUCCGGAGGUCAUCAUCGUGCGCACACGUCGCGACCUGUUGCCAUCCGACUAUUGGUGAUCCAAGCCUGCAAGCAACUAAACACCAUGAGUCCCUCCAAGGGGGCGGCUGGUUACCAUGACGUGAACUACGUUCUUCGCCAGGUUGACCAGCUCCGGCCUCCAAAUGAGCCCUCCAUCUCGCUCAAAGAGAUGCUCGACAUCUGCGACACGGAAGGCAACACACAAAACGGCGGUGGCUCAUUCUUAAUCAAGAGCGAUGAGACCGGCGAGUACGUCAAGUUCGAGUCAGAUACCAACAGUGCAGCCUCAGGCCACAGAGGCAGCAUUGUGCCCGGUGAAAUCGGCAGUCCUGUUCCAAGCAGUAGCAUACCGGCAUUCGGCGGCAUCGGCAGUACACCAUCAGUGCUACGACAAUUUUCUUCUCCACCCACGGGUUUCUAGGCGUUACCGGGGCUUUAUCACACAGCAUUCGAUUCUAUCUACCACUGGAAAUGGGGAAUCUUUGUUCUUUUUGCUUUUUACUUUUUUUACUACUUGCGGUUUGGGAAUGAUUGAUCGCUGAAAUGCCCCCCUCUGUCCAAGCGUCAUCAUGUCAUGUGUUUCACGUCUUUAUCAUACGGUUUCCCACUUGAUGGUUCUCGCUUUCUUUUUCUUCUCUUCUUCGUCCUAUCUUAUCUUCUUGUGUGUUCUUUUUUAACCUGUUCGAGUUAAUCCUCGCGCACGGGCAUUAUCAUGUCUUGUAUGGCUUAUUGCAGAGAUUCCCAUGGAGCAAACGUCCCUCCGUGUCAAACAAUUACACGAUCGAUUUGAUCUCACCAUGAUUGUUCACGUCAUAAUUACUAGUAGACUACUUUGGUCCAGGCUACUGCUGUAAUGAGAUAUCCGCAUUGAAAG